GGCGGCGCUGCGGGGCGGGCGCAGACUGUGUGUGGAGACGUCCGGCCGGCAGGCGCGCGGAGGAUCGCGCGGGCGCGGCCCCUGCGGGCGCGGCCCCUGCGGGCGGGAGUGUCGGGCGGCCGCAGCCCAGGGACCGCCCGACUCUUGACUGCUGCCGAGAUGAGUACAGUGUCACAGCCGCAGGCCUCUCACAGCCCCCUGGAGCCGCCGCCGGCCACUGCAAUCCUGUGCACCACGUGUGGCUCCGUGUGCAAGGGGGAGGUGCUGCGGGUGCAGAGCAAGUACUUCCACAUCAGGUGCUUCGUCUGCAAAGCCUGUGGCUGUGACCUGGCCGAGGGCGGCUUCUUCGUGCGGCAGGGCGAGUACAUCUGCUCCCAGGACUACCAGCGGCUCUACGGCACCCGCUGCUACAGCUGCGACCAGUUCAUCGAGGGCGAGGUGGUGUCCGCGCUGGGCAAGACCUACCACCCCGACUGCUUCGUGUGCGCCGUCUGCCGGCUCCCCUUUCCCCCCGGGGACCGAGUGACCUUCAACGGCAAGGAAUGUGUGUGCCAGAAGUGCUCCCUGCCCACGGCGCUGGGCAGCAGCGUGCACCUGUCCCAGGGCCUCCGGAGCUGCGGGGGCUGUGGCUCAGAGAUCAAAAACGGCCAGGCCCUGGUGGCUCUGGACAAGCACUGGCACUUGGGCUGCUUCAAGUGCAAGGCCUGCGGGAAGCUCCUGGACGCAGAGUACAUCAGCAAGGAUGGGCUGCCCUACUGCGAGACCGACUACCACGCCAAGUUCGGCAUCCGCUGCGACACCUGUGAGAAGUACAUCACGGGGCGCGUGCUGGAGGCCGGACAGAAGCACUACCACCCCUCGUGCGCGCUCUGCGUCAGGUGUGGCCAGAUGUUUGCGGAAGGCGAGGAGAUGUAUCUUCAAGGUUCCUCCAUCUGGCACCCGGCGUGUCGGCAGGCAGCCAGAACUGAAGACAAGAGCAAGAUGCAGAGCCCUAUCUGCAGCCAGGCCCGCCCGGGCACCACGCCUCAUGCCCUGCAGGACACCAGGACUUCCUCGGAGAGCAUCGUCUCCGUGCCCGCCUCCAGCACCUCAGGGUCUCCCAGCCGCGUCAUCUACGCGAAGCUUGGAGACGAGAUCCUUGACUACAGGGACUUGGCCGCGCUUCCCAAAAGCAAGGCCAUCUACAACAUCGACCGCCCAGACAUGAUCUCCUACUCGCCCUACGUCAGCCACUGCGCGGGCGACAGGCAGAGCUGCAGCGAGUCUCCUCAGUUGCUCUCGCCAACGCCGACUGAGGGGGACCAAGAUGACCGGUCCUACAAGCAGUGCCGGACCUCCAGCCCCAGCUCCACCGGCUCUGUCAGCCUUGGGCGCUACACCCCGACCUCACGGUCGCCCCAGCACUACAGCCGUCCAGGCAGUGAAAGUGGCCGCAGCACCCCCAGCCUCUCGGUGCUCUCGGACAGCAGGCCUCCUUCUUCCACCUACCAGCAGGCCCCGCGCCACUUCCACGUCCCAGACACUGGCGUAAAAGAUAACAUCUAUAGGAAACCCCCUAUCUACAAGCAGCAUGGUCCUGUAGCCCAAUCCCCAAUUUCCAAGCUCUCUGGCCUGGUGUCAGUCUUGUCCUUGGUGGUGCAGGAGGCAGGCUGCUCCAAAAGGCUGACGGGUCCCAGCCCGCCGCAGGCUGCAGCCGCGAGGCGAGUGGACGGGGAGGACGGGAGCUUCGACCAGGAUAACAGGAAGAAGACCAGCUGGCUCCUCCUCAAGGGGGACUCGGACACAAGGACGAACUCUCCAGACCUGGACAUCCAGUCUCUGUCCCACAGCAGUGGAACAGAGCGAGGCCCUCUGCAGAGAGGGCCAGGAGACAGCUUUUCUCCACGGUUCCCCUAUUCCAAAUCCGACUCCCUCCCAAGACAUGGGACGAAUGGCCUGGACCGUCGGAAUGCCAAUGUGGCCCCUGGUGGAGCAGACCCGGAUGCCAGCUGGGGCACGCGAGAGUACAAGGUCUACCCGUAUGACGCGCUCAUCGUCACCAACCGAAUCCGCGUGAAGCUACCCAAAGACGUGGACCGGACGAGACUGGAGAGACACUUGUCACCUGAGGAGUUCCAGGAGGUGUUUGGGAUGAGCAUCGAGGAGUUUGACCGCCUGGCGCUGUGGAAGAGGAACGACCUCAAGAAGAAGGCCCUGCUGUUCUGACGGCCGCCAGCCCUCCCCACGGGCCGCGCCAGGGCAGCGCCAAGGAGCCCCCGCCAGAGCCACACACCCCUCACCCCACACCUCGCCGUGGCUUCUCUGUGUCAGUGGGACGGGUGGGGGCCCCGGGGGAAGCUGGGCUGGGCAGGAGGAGGGCCCCAGCGGGCACAGCCCCCGGCGUGCGGAGAAGCGCCUGCCUCUAGUUUAGGGCCACGACCCCUGGCUGGACUCAGCCCUUCCCAGGGGCCGCUCGGCUUCCGGGCCGAACACCAGACAGGGGUGGCCCACCUUUGGGCACCCCCAGAGUGCCCGGCACUGGGGCGCAGAGGUGGCCAGGACGCGGGCUGUGAGAGGCUCUUCAGUGACAGGCGCUGUCAGAGCCGGUGGCCCCGCCUGGAGGCCGCAGACUCACAGGCCAGGGCAGGAGGCAGAAGGAGAGCCAGGGGCAGAGCCCAGCGCUGGGUGGGCGAGCUUCACACCUGUCCCUGACGGCUCUGGUCAGGAAGGAGCGUCCGCGGGCAGGGUGCCACCGAGCGCUCCAGGCACGGCUCCCUCCAGCCACCCCCUGAGGCCUAAGUGAGACCUUUCAAGUAACACAGAAGUCUUUAUUUUUAGAAAAGUAUAGCUCACUCACACAUAGGACGACACCCGCGCAGAGCGUAGCUCUACACUACAGGGGAAGGGGAGCACCUCUGCCUUACGCCCCACCGUGCGGGCCCCUGUGGCCCCGGCUCGUGGCGUCCCCGAGAGACAGGACCCUCAAGAGUUUCCUCUUGUCUUUCCCUGUGUGUGUCACGUAGACGCCCUGAAGCCUGACCCUCUGAGUGACGCUGUGUGUAAGUCCGUGUGACUCGUGGCUGCCAAGGCUCCUUGGCCUCAUUUUUCCAAGUCUCCCCCAGUGGCUCUGGAAUAAAGGUCUCCCCGUAGCCAGCCUGGUCCCCUGUGGCCUCCGGGGCACCGUCCUGGUGGUGGCCAGCGGCGCCUCGCCUUAUCCACUGUAAGACAAGCCACACUCGUGGGGACCCUGUCCCCGUGCACCUCCCCCACACAGGCACCAAACACUUUUGGAGGAGAAGGUGGAGCCCUUGUCGCCUCCAAUCUGUGAGGCCAGCAGAGUGUGGGGUGGAGGGAGCAGGAGGCUGGCUGAUGGGCCCCCCAGGUGACACGCACUGUCUGCAUUGAUAGGUGGGCAGGGCACUGACGAGGUGCAGAGGAGGGUGGGUGGAAACCGGGGUCAGUUUCUGGCCCUGUGGGUCCCGCCCAGCCCUGCCCCUGAGUCGUCCCUACUCAGCUUCCUCACAGUCCUGGACACACCAAGUUCCACUUGGCCCUCAGCUUCUCACCAGCCCAGCUGUUCCACAGAGGGGACUUCUAGCUCCUAAUGCUUCCUGCCAUUUAGCCACCCGAGCCUGCGCAACUGGAAACCCUGUCCCCUCCCUCCCGCCCGGUGUCAAGUCUGACCCCAGGAAGUCUGGGGUAAUAAAAGACGCCCUACUGUAA